AUUAAUGCAAGCAUGAGAGUGCAUGCUUUGUCAGACUAUUCUCCCAAAUGGCCAAAAAGCACUUCUUCUUGGUCUCUAGCUCUUGUUCUGUUUCCGUCACAUUGAACAAUCUAAGAUUCCUCAGAAAUUAAAAGGAUAUAUAUUUCCAUUAUUCUUACUUUCAUUUCUCCUUUUCCACUAUUUAAGGAUGCAAUAGUCACAAGACCAAAGUUAAUAUUGUUACACACAACACAAGAUGAGUACUCAGAUUCUAUUUUAUCUUGUUCUGCAGCUCUUGGCUAGUAAUUGUGAUGCUCAACUUCGCCUCGAUUAUUACCGGAACACAUGCCCGGAUGUUGAAUCCAUAGUUCGCACCGCCGUCGAAACAAAACUUCAGCAGACAUUUGUUACAGCACCGGGCACACUGAGGUUAUUUUUCCACGACUGUUUUGUUCGGGGAUGUGAUGCUUCAGUGAUGCUGGCAUCAAGAAACAGCAGUGCAGAGAAGGAUAACGGUAUCAAUCUGUCACUGGCUGGUGACGGUUUUGAUACUGUCAUCAAAGCCAAGGCUGCUGUGGAUAGUGUCCCUCGCUGCCAAAAUAAGGUUUCUUGUGCUGAUAUUUUGGCAAUGGCUGCUAGGGACGUUGUUGCUUUGACAGGAGGACCAUCUUAUGCAGUUGAGUUAGGAAGGUUAGAUGGGAGAAUCAGUACAAAAGCUAGUGUGAGACACCAUCUACCUCAUGCUGAUUUCACACUAACACAGCUUAUUCAGAUGUUUGCUUCAAAUGGACUCACCCUUAGAGAUCUUGUUGCAUUAUCAGGAGCACAUACUAUUGGUUUCUCUCACUGCAACCAAUUCUCCAAAAGAAUCUACAACUUCAGAACCAAGAACAGAAUUGAUCCAACAUUGAAUCCGGAAUAUGCGAAACAACUCCUGCAACUGUGUCCUAAAAGUGUUGACCCCAGAAUUGCCAUAGACAUGGAUCCAACUACACCUAGAACAUUUGAUAACCAGUACUACAAGAAUCUCCAACAAGGAAAAGGGCUUCUUUCUUCUGACCAGACUUUGUUCACUGAUAAAAGAUCAAGAAAGCUAGUGAACUUGUUCGCCUCGAACGGCACAGAAUUCGAACAGGCUUUUGUGGUUGCUAUGAGGAAGCUUGGAAGGAUAGGGAUCAGAGCAGGGAACCAGGGAGAAAUCAGGAGAGAUUGCACUAUGAUUAACUAAACAAUUCAUAAUCAACUACUUGUUUCUGUUCUUUGUUAUUCUUGCAGACAUAGAUAAUAAGUUUUAAAACAUGGAAAAGGAUGGAAAUAGUUCCUUGCUUAUAAAAUUGUUAAGAUACUUUUACUCAUAUAUAAAUUUUUUACUAUUGAUUAGGAAGGUGUGGCCAAAUUUAGGUCUGCAAACACAAAGUCUAAUCAGUAGUGAAAAUCUAUAUUUGUUUCACACAUGAGGAUCCCUUUCUGCAAAAGAACUUCGGUGAAACUUUAUUUUUUAAGCAUCUUUAAACAGAGUUAAGUGUCACUUUUUUUAAUUUCUUAAGUUCAAUUUAAACCACUACACAUAUCAUAAUUAUCAAUAGAACUUAGCUAUCAUGUAUCCUGUUACCAAUUAAACCAUUUUUUAUUUUAAAAAUUUACAAAAAGUUAAGUCCCACUAAUCUUUUCACAUGUCUCUAGUUUUAAACUAGCUAAACUACCAACAUAUGGGUUUUUCUUAUUAUCUCUAUAUACCAACCACAUGCUGCUUACAUUAUUGAACAUUGACAGAACUUACAAGAUUAGCGUUGAGGAAUGUGAAGAGAACCAAAUUCAAUAUUAGAAAAACCAUAUAACCACUGAGAAUUAUAUUGGGCUAUUAAAAUGUGAUCUUAACAACACUAAUAUCAUCCCAAAAGAAAAAGGAUGUUAUUUGGUUGCAAAAGAGAACAGUACCUCUCUCAUCCUAGCAUAAUUUGAGAAAAAUGGAGUAACCA